AUGUCGAGCGCACAAAGGGUAACAUUGGAAGCAUUACCUGUCGAAAUUCUACAUAGUAUUUUCUAUCAUAUCGAUGGACAAACAAUAUUUUCCUCACUUCGCAACAUGUGUCGACGAUUAAGAGCAAUCAUCAACAAAUAUGAUCGAUGGACAAUCGACUUUCAAAGAAUUGCAAAACCUGAUUUUCAUCUCUUCUGUCGAUAUAUUAAUCCUGAAAAUAUUAUCUCAUUGACACUCUCAGAUGAUCAUGAUACAUCUGGACAAAUUGAAAUAUUUCUUUCACUGUUUAAGGCUCAUCAAUUUACUCGACUUCAAUCAGUAACUUUAAUUAAAGUUUCAGCUUAUGAUUUAGAAGCGAUUUUUCGAACAUUCAAGACGACUUCACUCAAAUCAUUCUCAUUCACAGUUGAAAAACAUAAGACUCUACAUAAAGAAACAAUGAGAAUGAAAGUUCUCUCGAUGAUUAUCACAGAAACAAAUUUAGUUAAACUCGAAUUACUUGAAUUUCAAUGGCAUGAAUUAGACAAAAUGAUUUGGCCUAAACAAUCAACCAUUCAACAUCUAAAAAUUCAAGCUCCUGUGACUCCUGUUGAGAUAUGCACGAUUCUUGUUUGCUUAUCUCACCUACGUACGCUAAUUAUAGGUGAACUCUAUGAUGGAUUUAAUGCACAGAAAAGUUUACCAUAUAGGUCUACACCUUUUCGACAAGUCAUUUCAUUAGCUAUAGAAAAGAUGACAUUAGAUAUCGAUGAUCUCGAAUUAUUUCUUUCCCUAUUACCUACAUUAACUCAUAUGAGAUUGAUGAUCUAUGAAAAAUUGGUCGAUGGUAAUCGAUUGAAAAAUUUUAUUCAAACAAAUCUUCCGUUAUUGAACAAUUUCGAGUUUUUCUUGUGCAUAACAAGAUAUGUUUCACAUGAUCUUUCUGACAUUCAAUCACUUAUCACAUCAUAUCAAACACCAUUCUGGCUCGAACAAAACAAAUGGUUUGUUACUUGUGAAUAUUCAACCGAUGCCAACAAACUCUAUCCAAUUCCAUUUUGUAAUGAAACAACAAAUCGUCGUUUAUGUCGUAAAGUAAAAAAGCUGGAAAUUAAUUUCAAGGACAACUUACCAUCAAACUGGAUACUAACCGUUUCGACACUAGUCGAUCUAUCAACAAUUGUUCAAAUCAAAUUCACAGGUCAAACGGUUUAUAAAACAAGACGAAAUAUACGAGCUAGUAUCGCCUAUUUUCUCCAAAGAACAUCUUCUUUAAUAUCGCUGAGUAUCAAUUAUGAUUCUCAUAUGUACAACUUUUGGACUGCUGAUAAUAUUUGUUGUAUGAUUCCUUCUCAUGUCAAACACUUGACAACAUCAAUUAAGCAUGUCGAUGAAAUGAAACUUGUUCUUAAACGACUUCCUUAUCUAUCAAGUAUUACAUUCCACUUCUAUUGCCCAUCAAACAUAGACGCAAUAUUUGGAUGGCUUGUAAAAUACAGAGGAGGUUCAAAAUGCAAAAGAGAGAAAUCUUCAAUCAGUAUAUGGCUUGGCAAAGGUAUCAUCCAAUCGAAAGAAUACGAACAUGUUAAUAAAAAGAUUAAACUGAGUGACAAUCAUCAUGAUGCAUCAUGA